UGUGAAUAUAUGUGUGUAAGCGUGCAAAGUGUUGUCUCUACCUAUGGCGGAGAAGUUCCCAGUAGUGAUUGAUGUGCAGAAAAUUGGUGAGGAAGAAGAGUUAAAGAAACUAAGAGAAGCAUGUGAAAAAUGGGGUUCUUUCAGGAUCAUCAAUCACUCUAUUCCUCCAACCCUAGUGGCUGACAUGAAGAAGGUGGUUGAAGCUCUGCAUGAUCUUCCUUUUGAGACCAAGAAACGCAACACAGAAGCCAUUGCUGGUGGUGGUUACGUCGGACCAACUCCACUCAGCCCCUUAUACGAGGCUAUAGGAAUCUAUGACAUUUCUUCAUCACAAUCUAUGCACAAUUUCUGUUCUCAGCUUCAUGUCUCUCCUCAACAAAGGCAAAUAAUGGAGGCAUAUGGGCAAGCUGUUCAUGGUUUGGCAGUAAAAAUAGGACAAAAGAUGGCUGAAUCUCUUGGUGUAGUUGAAGGUGCUGAUUUCGAGGACUGGCUCUACGAGUUUAGAUUUAACAAAUAUAACUUCACAGCAGAAACAAUAGGGUCCCCAGGAGUUCAAAUACACACAGAUUCAAGCUUCCUAUCUGUUCUUAAAGAUGAUGAAAAUGUUGGUGGUCUUGAAGUCAUGGACUCUUCUUCCUCCUUUGUGCCAAUCCCUCUUUUCCCUGGGACUUUUCUUGUCAAUCUUGGAGACAUUGCUCGUGUGUGGAGCAAUGGAAGGUUUUGCAAUUUGAUACACCGUGUCCAAUGCAAGGAAGCCAACAAACGUUUUUCGAUUGCUACGUUUAUGUUGGCACCAAGGAAUAGGAAUGUUGAGGCCCCAGAGGAAUUGGUGAACCACGAUCAUCCUCGUUUAUAUCGACCUUUUAUUUACGAAGAUUAUAGGAAGCUCAGAUUUACCAACAAGAUGUACAUUGGUGAAGUCUUGGAGUUGUUGCGUUUGUCCUUGUCAUAAUAGGAACUACCUAGGAUUGUUUGUUUGAAGGCUCAGAGUUAACAGGAAGAUGCCACACUUUUCAGAAAUUUAUGUAUCUGUUUGUCAACUGGGCCAAAUGCUCAUAUUUAAACAAAGUUACUCACUCCUAAUAACUCCAUAGAACUUUCAUAGAAAUCUUCAUAACUAUUUGUUUCAAACCUUGUUCGUUAUUUUAACCUGAAAUUUAAUGUGAUGUGAGAGUUUUAACACUUUUACUCUUAUAG